AUGGACAAGAUCAACUUCAACGAGUGCGCCAAUAACUACAGAAACAACGCAACGCUGCAGGGUCUAUGGGUUUGGAACGGAACCAUUAUUGGCAUCGAGCGCAAUCAAACGACACAGAUAUCGCGGGAAGGAUGUCGCCAUGUCUGCGGCGACGGCAUUGACUACUAUGCUUGGAAGGACGCUUCGGGCACCAUUACGACUUGGAUCCUGCCCUUCGUGGGCACGCUGUUACAAGCGCCAUUUGAGAGCAAUGAGACCAGACGUACAUUACUUGCCAUCACCAGAUGGGUUGGAUCGCCAAUCGCGUCGCUGAGUUACGUCCUUUGGAACAUCAAAGUCUCCGCGAAAGCAGCUUUGAUGGUUGAUAUGGCCGUUGAGUAUGACAAGAUGCCAGAACUUGAUUCGCAUUUUGGCAGCAUGCGCGACUCAAUGUAUCUUCUCCUAGCAAUGAACCAGUAUACUCUGAAAGACAAAGUGGUGUCGAGCUCAAAGAAGGCGGAAGGUCUAUUGCGUAUCGUGCUAUUCAGCAAGGACCUGACACUGCCUAACACUGAAGAAACUCUUGACCAGAAGAGACGCAUUCUGGCUCGCGAGUUGCGAGAGAUGCGAAGGCGUGGGGCAGUACCAGUGUUUGUAUCGAUCAUGUGGUUCCUAUUCGCAUUCGCUCUUUCCGUACAGUCUGCCUUCGUCGAUCUCGGCGAGAAUACCACCGCUCAUGAUCUUGCAUUGGGCUGUCUACUGGCCUGGUUUCCGAUACUGAUCAUGGGUUCGAUUGUCGACCGCAACCCUAUAGCAGCGGAAGCCAUUCGGGUCAAGCUCAACGCAUUGGUCGAUCACGUGCGCCAUGCACUUCGAGACGAGCGGCACUGCGAGGAAUUCAUCAACUCCUUCCACGGCCUGCCAAACUUCAAGGGACUCAAAGCCGAGGUGGUGUCUCUUGCAAAAUUGUCAACCGGCGGAGAAAUGAAGGAUUUCUUCGAGGGAUUUGCUGGUCAAGGUCGUGUACGGUGGCACUAUGGUGCGGCUCAUCCCAUCCUGUCAGAUAUCGAGACCUGCUACAUUGCUGAAAGAGGGCGGAACUGGCUGGCCAACGAAGCAAAGGCUCGUGCCAGCCUCGUUGCAGGUCGCAGCAAUGACGAAGGUCUUGUUUGGUUCGACCUUCGGGAAUUCUGGCAAGUUGCUAGUGCUGUGAUCAUUGUUGGUGCAAGCUGUGGCGGCGCUUUUAUAUUGAGCUAUUUCACGCCAACGGUCGGUCUUGGUUGUCGCAGCGGCGGAUACACCAUCUUCUUCAGUGUAUCCUUGGGACUGCUGAUUGUAGAAAUGACCGUGUGGCUGUUUCUCUCUCAGUACAAGAACCUCAAAUGGCCCUGGGACGCGAGCGCACAGUGGCGAUUCCCUAGCAACGGCAUUUUUCGUGAACCAGGUACCGAUGCUCACCAGUGGAACAAGUUGAAGGGACAUGCUUCUCGCUUUUUGCUCAACACCAAGAACCUUCUCAUCGAAACCGUCCCUGGACUCACAUUUCUGGAUCAAUGGAUGAACAAGAUGAGCAUAAAGCUUGGGAUAUACAUGGAUGGCCUUGCAAGACGUCGCGAGAAAAUGGGUUCGCAGAGGCAAUGGGAAAUAUUCUUCUUCCGGCCUGUCGAGAUCUUCAAUACGAUUUGGCUCGUCUACAUUGUGUUGGCGCAAACUUUCGGGUGGUACAAAACAUGCGACUGCGUUACCAGUCAUUGGGGCGGUGCUGGCGGCUACCUUGACUUCAGUGUGCAGAAUACUUCCAACAGCAAGUGGGUAUUGUAUUACUGGUCAUCAGGUACCGCACUUACGGCCUCCAUAAUGUUUCUCGCCAUGUUUUACGUUACCGUGGAGUGGUGUCAGCAAUCGUUCUUGUCCACGGAGAAGUACGAGGAGGCUAUGCAAGGUCUGCGAAGAACGAGGUCGUACCGACACUUUACGUACUUACCUCGGCUCUUCACACGCGUUGUCACGAGUUUCACUCUAAACCCACGAAAGUGGCUUGUCUGGAAUAAGAGGCUCAAUAAGGCCCCGCCAAGCACUAUCCUCUGGACCAAAGACCAUACCGAUAGAUCAACGUAUCCAAAACGAACGUCAGUAGCAGCACCUAGACAAGUCGUCCCGCCUUCUUUCGAGGUUUCAGAUUAUUCCACUGUACAUUCAGAUAAUCUGCGGGCUCAGGAGACACACGCAUUGAUGGACUCCGCGUCUCCCCUUGCCACACCACCCGGCCGCUCACGCACAAGAAGCGAUACCUCCAUCCGAUCGCGUUAUCAACCGGAGUCUGACUACAGAAUUAGCAAUGACUCUAACCCUCCUCUCUCCCGGUCGUUACCAGAAGCCCAUCACGCACGCUAUCGCGCAGACUCCCGUUCAAGCGAGGAGCAUCGUUUGAGCGGCGAACAGUUGGGAGUUCCUACGUCACCUCAUAAUCAAAGCGCUUCUAAAGGAUGGCCAGGUUUCAGCGCAGCAUUGCCACCUCAUGCGUACACACACGUGAGUUCUGAUCCGGGAAGCCCGCUGUUCGACCCUCCACGGCCGGAUGAAGAUAGGUCGGGAAUGAACACAGAUCGAGCGGAUUUAGAAAUGGGGACGUGGCGUCGAACGUGA